UACUUAACAGGCAGUUUGGGAAAUAUUUAACAGCUUUUGAUGGCCGUGCAGAGGGCCGACCGACAAUGAGCCCAUGCCACUUCAAACCACGAAAUUACUCAACAUACGUAUCGGUCAAAUCCAUGGCGGGAGCAGCUACUAGCGAUCAUGGCGCUAGCCAACUACUUCAAGACCUGAACAAGAGAGAGAGAAAGCGGCAGCAGAAUCGUACCGCGCAGCGCACGUAUAGACGCAACCAAAAACACCGAAUUCAGGCUCUUGAGGCAGCCGUCGCACAGUCUAUCAACGGGCUGACGCCCCCACGAGAGGCUAUGCUUCUGGACGACAUACUCUACGAGCACGAGCCUGCAGCCGCUCCCGGCGAUAGGGCCAUCGACCCUGUCCUGACCGACAGCUCGCCCCCGCUGAUGGCGGACAUGGCUCGUACAGCGCUUCACCGGGCGGUGUGCAGUGGCAAUGAGUCAAUGGUUCGCCUUCUGUUGGAGCGAGGGGCGGACAUUGCAAAGCCGGAUGGCAAUGGGAACACCGCCCUUCAUCUUGCAGCCGAGAGCGGAGGCGGGGAACUUUUGCAGCUCCUGCUUGAGAAGUCCGCCGACCCCAAUGCCAUCGACUACCUAGGCCGUACCGCCCUGUUCGCCGCGGUCCUGGGAGAGAACGAGACGACGACCGAGCUGCUUCUCAAGUCACCGAGGAUUGACGUAAAUGCGAAGGACUUGAUGGGCAAUGUUGCGCUUCAUAUGGCUGUCGAAUGCGGUUCUGAGCCCCUUGCUCUUCUUCUGCUGGCACACGGCGCCGACAUCAAUGCCUAGAUCGGCGUUCAUAAUGAAAACUUCGGUGCUAAUCAAGGUUGUCUGGAGGCCCCAGACCCUCAAAAAAUGCAUACGUAAACAGAGUUACUUAUCACCCCUGCCAUCGCUACAACCAUCGCACUAGCGUAAAACAAUACGGUGGUACACAAACACACACGCCAUUUCUCUCCAAAGGCCGCCACAGGGAACCCCACCCCAUUGGGCUGUCUAAUCUCUGAGCCAACACCCCGCAUGACCGACCCACGUCUUGAUCGGCAUGUUCCUGUAGUCGGGGCCUUUGUCCGACAUGUCUAUCAGAAACUGGGAACAGUGCAUCGUGUGCUCGACGCUCGCAAUGAUGGUGUCCAAAGCCACCCGCUCUUCAUAAAAGGCCCAGAACUGCUUGCGCCACAACAUGGCGCAGUGCACAAUGUGGUCCCGCUCAGAUGUGUAAUAGAACUCCAUCUCAGACAUGGUGUCGAUGGUGAGGAGCUCUGUACGAUUCUCGUCCGCAAACCCGAACCAUGAUCCGUCCGUCUUGUAUUCUUCGAUCGCGUCAUGGUCCAUGCAAACCUCUGGGAUCCAGUGGUUGGCCAGGAUGUCGUAAUGGCAGUUUAGGCUCUUCGCCUCGGCGGUUGAACUACCGCACGUCAAAAGCCGGGACUUGGUGGUUAUGUUGUCGUGCUCUUUGGUGGUCUGCGUAUGUUCCGCACUUUCGUGGCUUGUGUGAUAAUCAUGAUGAAUGAAGAGAGGGGCGCGUGUGGCGAGAAAAAGGCCCCCCCAAACCAGUGAUGUGAUGAGGAAAACCACCACGUGCGUGGCAAUAGGAUGGUGCAAAGCGGCGGAACAGCGCUUCAAGACAUCUUUGCGGCCAAGGAAACGGGUAUUCAGAAUGCUAUGUUUCCGACCAGGGGAAUGAUUUUUCGUCUCUUCCAGGAACGGUUCACUUUCGCCUUCCAGCAGCAUGAUUCGAGUUGCGUCUGGGGUUGGUACAGAUGUUCGUUUUGGGUAGUCAAGCUUUGCAGGGCGGAAUUUUCCUAUGCUCGAGUCUCCUAUAAUGUAU